AUGCGAUGGCCGCGCGCCUGCUUACGCGUCGCCUUCCUCGGCGUCUUCCUCCCGCGUUCCGCGGCGCUGGGCGCGGGCCACGGGCGCUUGGAGCAUUUCAGGCGGCUGGCGCGGCAUUGGGCGACAGGCGCGGAGGGGGCGGAGGGCGGCUGCGGGGGGGUGUCUUCGACGCGCCGAGGGCACGGAAUUUUUUGGCGACCGCGAUCGCCGCGCGCUCGCCGCGAUCGCCCGGCCCUCGCAGGGCGCGAGACAGGCGGCGGCGCGGUGAGCGAGUGCCAGGCCCUGGAGCAAGGCUUCCAGGCCCGACCGAAUGCGCCAAGCCUGCAGCGGCGCCUCGCUGCUGGGCGAAACGUGGCCGCAGCAACUCGUGGCUUGCGGCGCCCGAGAGGGGCGCUACGUCUUCUUCGCGCACCACCUCCUGGAGAGUCGGAGCUGGCGCCUCGCGGCGGCCUCCCUGGGAGGGUCACUCGCUGCCGCCGGCGCCGGCGCCAGCCUGCCGGGGCAGGAAGCGCUGGCCGCGGCGGUGGCACGGCGUGUCUCCGCGGAAGAGUGGCGGCAGCUGCAGGUGCUGGGCCUCUGCGUGCCUUCCUGGUGCCCCAGGGCCGCGGAGCGGCCCUUGGGCUGGCGCCAAGUGCUGCGUCGGCUGGGCUUAAGCCAUGGGCCCCAGGUCCCGCUGCUCGCCAAGGUGCGGCUGCGCCUGGGCCCUUCCGAGGCGGAGGCCGGCUACAGCCUGCAGCGGCUGUUGGAGACCCGGCCUUUGGAGGCGCCGGCCUGGUACCUUUGGCCGGCCGCCUGGCCCGCUCGCCCCCCGCGCACCGCCUUCCGCAUGGCCCUGCCCACGGCCUUCUACAUGGCGCAGCUC